CAUAUUUCCAACAACAAACAUUGUUCCUCGCUAUAUAACAGUAGGCAAAGCUAUUUUGUUUUAUUUUUUUUAUUUUGUUUAUAUUACAACUUCACAAAAUUGAGCAAAAAUGGCAUCGAGUUCGAGGAAGAAUGGUGGAUCGGUUGUUUUUGAGGACUACUUCCCUUCAAUGAUGGAGAAAUUAGGAAGUGAAGGGUUUAUGAAGGAGUUGGCAAAUGGUUUUAAUGUGUUGAUGGACAGGGAGAAGAAAGUGAUAACAUUUGAGAGCUUAAAGAAAAACUCUGCAUUGCUUGGAUUGGAAGGUAUGAACGACGAUGAAAUUACUUGCAUGCUAAGAGAAGGUGAUAUUGAUGGGGAUGGAGCUCUUAAUGAGAUGGAGUUUUGCACCCUCAUGUUUAGGUUGAGUCCUGCUUUGAUGAGUGACUCUAAGCAACUUUUGGAAGAAGCUAUUUUCACUGGCCAUUGAUGUUUUUUCUCCUUUUGUUAAUGUCCUUGAUCUUGAUUACCCUCUAAGCAUGCUUUAGUGUGUGUUUGCGUGUUUCUACUUGGUUGCUGAAAAUCUUAUUCAACAAUGAACUCUUCUUUUUGUUUGUUUUCAGUAUGUUGGUGAGUAUGCCAUGCUAACUAGUAGGCAUCAUCAUCAAAAUCUAAGAAGAAAAAUUGUUGAUUUAGGCUUCAGUUGAAUCAGAAAAAAAAUAUAUUAUAAUUCCUAGUAUUUAUUCUAGGUUUCAUUUUGAUCCUUUAUGUAUUAAAGAUUUCACUUUGAUUCA